GGGAAACAUACGUGUGAUUGGUUCAAACUGAAGUUUCCAUUGUGCCCGGACAAGAGUGCGAAUCUCUGAAAAGCCAGCUGUGUUUCGUACGAGCAGCUGUUCAGGUCUCCGGUCCUUCACUAAUCUACUGUUCUCUAUGGGAAACAGCAGCUUUAAGGAUGAACAAGCUUGUGGCAGAUAAAGCUACUGAGCGCAGGGCAAACCAUUGGGUGGAUCCAUCCUUUAUUGAUUUGAGAGAGGAAUGUUCUUCUCUUUCUGGAAGAAGAAAUGGCAACCCUGUUUUAUGCUCCAAGGCUGAGAUAAAGAGGAAGAGGAAAAGAGAAGCUAGCGUCUCCUACCUGCUGAAGGAGUCGUCUCAACUGGACCAGAAUGAGCCCUGGGUGGACAAAUACUCACCCCGCUCACAGGCUGAACUAGCUGUCCACAAGAAGAAGAUGGAGGAAGUUGAGAAGUGGAUCAGAGUUCACACCAACACAAAGAGUGGUAUUUUGCUGCUGACGGGGCCGUCGGGCUGUGGAAAGACGGCCACAGUCCGUGUGCUGUCCCUGGAGAUGGGCCUCAGGGUUCAGGAAUGGAGUAGUCCCACAAACCUAGAAGCAUACAGCAGCAGUCAUGAGUGGCGAACGAACGGCUUCUCCUCCAGCUCUCAGUCGUCACAGUUCCAGGAUUUCCUCCUCAGAGCCAACAAAUACAACUGCCUGAAGAUGGCAGGUGAUGGAGGAGUCGCGCACAACAAGCUCAUCCUGGUGGAGGAUCUGCCAAACCAGUUCUACAGGCAGCCCGGAGCCCUGCACGAGGUCCUGAGGCGUUUCGUGAGGACCAGUCAGUGCCCCCUGGUGUUCAUAGUGUCAGACAGCCUGAGUGGAGACGGCAGUUCACGCUUUCUUUUUCCCAAAGACAUCCAGGAGGAGCUGGGCAUUAGCAGCAUCAGCUUUAAUCCAGUGGCUCCAACUGCAAUGAUGAAGGUUCUCACUUGCAUUGCAACCCAGGAGGCAGCAAAGAGCUGUAGAAGCAUGUGCGUCCCAGACCAGACGCUGUUGGAAACACUGUGUUCAGGAAGCUCGGGAGAUAUUCGCAGUGCCGUCAACAGCCUCCAGUUCUCCUGUUUGCCCACUGAUAGCUGCACGUCACUGGAAACAGGUUUAUGGAGGACAAAGAAGGACAGGUCACUGUGCAGAGCUGGUUCCACAACAAGUCAAAGGAAGAAGAAGUCCAAACAGGAAGAGGCGCUCGCCAUUGGAGGGAAGGAUGCCUCUCUCUUCUUGUUCAGAGCACUGGGAAAGAUCCUGCACUGCAAACGAGAGAAACAUGAAGGUGCUGACGGAGCGGAGGGUGGUUGUGGGCGUGGUCUACCGUCCCACCUGCUGCAUCAUCACAGAGCAGCCUUACUAGUGGACCCUGAGCUGGUUGUUGAGCGUUCUCACAUGUCCGGAGAGUUCUUCAGCCUGUACCUUCACCAGAACUACUUGGACUUCUUCUGCGAGGUGGAGGAUGUGGAAAGAGCCAGCGAGUAUCUGUCUGAUGCCGACCUUCUCACUGCUGAUUGGACGAAUCGCAGCGUUUUGGGGGAUUAUGGGUCUUCAGUGGCCACGAGAGGCCUCCUUCACUCCAACUCUCAGCUGGCGUCUGUUGGCUUCAGAGCCCUGCACAAACCCAGCUGGCUGCUCGUCAACAGGAAGCACUGGGAGAACUGUGUGGCUGCCCAGUCCUUGUUCCGGAGCUUUUGCCUGACUCCGCUCAGCCUGCAGACUGAGCUGCUUCCAUACUUGGCCAAACUCACCAACCCUAUGAGGAACCAAGACCAAAUCACAUUUAUCCAGGAUGUGGGGCAGAUGUCACUGAGGAGAUUCUCCAGCAGAUUAAAACCAGAGGCUCUGACAGACAAAGAAUCAGGCGAGCUGGAAAUGGACAGUGAGGUGGAGGAGAAGGAGGAGGUGAAAGAGGCAGGUGGUGCUGAGGAGGGUCUGCCAGCCAGCCAACCCCAGCCCACCUUAAAUCAAGUCCUCCUAGAGGACGAAGACCUGACCAUAGAGGAAUACAUCAGUGACUGAGCCCUCUGUGCUGUAUCCACUGAUACGUUUGUGUUCUAGAGGAAGUUCUCUGCUUUGUGAAUAAGUUGUUGAAGUUGGUACUUUUCUAAGUCACAAACCCACGGUGGCCCCCAGCGUGACUCCCAGCAGACCCAGCUCCUUCCACAGAUGAGUGUUUCUGCCUCUGAGGUAUCAUCACCUGUCCCACAGAGCCUGCAUGUCAUCCUGUAGUUUUACACAGGCUGAUAAUCCUGAGGAUCGUUCAUCGUUACAAUAAUCUAGAAAUCUCUCAAAGUGAAGCUAAAUUAUUUGGUUCUGUCAGUUAAACUUAUUAUUUAUUGGUUUUGCUGAGUGACUGUUCAGGAUCGAUGACUGUUCCCCGUUACAGUCUGUUUAGUAAAGGAUCAAGUGUAUGAAUAAAUGUAAGAAAUGAAUGCA